ACAACAACAAAGAUGGCAGACGAAAUGGAAGUUGACAAGGAGGUUCCACAAAAACAAGACAAAAUGUUCACCUUGAAGAAGUGGAACCUUGUAGCGAUGUGGAGCUGGGAUGUAGAAUGUGAUACAUGUGCUAUCUGCAGGGUCCAAGUAAUGGAUGCUUGUCUAAGGUGCCAGUCAGAAAACAAGCAGGAUGAUUGUGUUGUGGUGUGGGGGGAGUGCAAUCACUCAUUUCACAACUGUUGUAUGACUCUGUGGGUGAAACAGAACAACCGAUGUCCACUAUGUCAACAAGACUGGGUCGUACAACGCAUUGGAAAGUAGCCAAAUCAGGGAACAGCAACUGGAUAAUGUUUCACAUUCAGAAUCAUGGAAAUUUUACCCCCUUAGUGUGUGGUGUUAACCUGUUAUUUUCCAUAAUAAAAUGUCAACAAUGAUGGAUGCUUAUAUGACAGCAACUAAGGAGAGUAAAACAAAACAUUUAAGAGACAGGCAGAUAUGAGUUUAUUAUGAAUAAUAUACAUGUACGAAAUUGUUAUUUCUCCCUUUUGAUGUAUUUCAUAACAUUUUGACUAGAUUGUAUGUAUAUUGCACAUGCUCUUAAUUUGAGCAAAAGAACACUUGAAUAGUUACUACAACAGCAAUUGGUGUUUUCUUUGAUGUUUGUGUCAUAAAGAUGGUCAGAAAAGCUCUUGUUCUUCAUAUCAUAAGGGCUAUGCUCCAUCUUGUGUAAUGUUGAUUGAAUGGCUGUAUUGUUGGUGUUAACAGUAGAUGAUUCUCUUAAACAUGGAAUAUUAUUCACUCUAAAUAAAAGGCUGUUUUAAUUUAAAUAUAACUGGAACACUAAACAUAUUUUUGUACAUUAAUGUGUAACAAGGUAUUUCUCAUGUCAUUUUAGAUAAUAGUUUUCUUGUAUGAAGAAAGUUUUCAAAAUGAUUUUUAAAUGAACAAAAGCCAUGUAUGUAAAUAGAUUUUAAUUUCUUAAAUUGUGUUAGAAUUUCUACUGUAGCCUUAAUCAUAUUAUCAUUUGCGAAGUUCCUAGAUUUUCUUGACUGGAAAGACUAGAAUGCACUAGAAGGGAAUAGAUACCAGAUGAAUCGAAUUGCAAGAAAAAUAUCAAGAAGAAAAGAAAUUGUCAAAAACUUACAUAAAAUUGAUAUCUUUGUGUAUGAUCUAACUUACUGAUGUAUCAAAUCACUUUCGACACCUGCAUCUUUCGAAGUGUUUGCACAUUUUACCAAUUCCAAAUUUACUGGGGUUGUCUACCACAGAAAAUCCAUUAAGUUUUAGUAUCGGUAUAUGUAUCUCAACUUAUCAUGUGACUUUCACAUGCUUAAUAAACACACUUCAUGGCUUCCCCUAAGAACAAAAUCUGCAAGGAAACUCGAGACUGCUGCAAAACAACUUUAGACACAGAGCCCCUAACAAAUCAACAUUAUUGAUUAAAUUGAUUGAUGGAUUUAUUUUUUAAAGAGGUUUACUCUGCUGAAAAUGACAGCGAGUUGUUAAAAUUCUGAUUGACAGUUUAGUGUGUGAAACAUUCUCAUGAAUUGCAAGGUGUUCGGAAAAAACAUCCCACGCUUUUCAAACUUGGAAACUAUUAUGCGCUAUUUUUAAACGAGGAAAUAACUGAGACAGUGAAUUAUUGUUUUACUAGCUCGCAUUGAAAAUUCUUGGCUUGUUUUGAGGAAAUACGGUAUUUGCCAAUUUUGGUGCCAUCUUGUGUCUAGUCCCUUUAAACUGAGUCAAGUUGGUUGAGUUGAAGUAUCAUAUAUAUUAUUUCAUUGUGAAAGAAUUUGCAAGCUUGUAUAGAAAUCCAUACAUGAAUGAAAAACAUGUAUGAAGGUAUUGAUGCAAUAAAUUUUAGCCUUAUGAAUUCUUUUGAUCAUUUUUGUAUGUAUCAUGGCUAUUGUGAUAUAAAAUGCAUAGCUGGAAAUAAAUUCCUUUGUUGCA